UCCUAAGUAUUGAAACCCCACACGGCAUAUGAUCAAACAAUCAUUUCAAAUGGAAACCAUUUUGGGAAUCAAGGGAGCUGAUUUCGUUUUACUGGCUGCAGAUACCAUGAAAGCUAAAGCUCUAUCGCCGAUGUGGCUGGAUGAUGAUAAAUCGAAGGUUCACCGCCUGACUGAUCACUCCAUGAUGUCGGCGGUUGGCGAUGGCGGGGACUGUCUGCAGUUCACGGACUUUGUUCUCCGGAAUCUGGACCUCUACAAGGUGACCAAUGGCUAUGACCUGACCAUCCAAGGAGCGGUGCACUUCAUCCGCAGCAACUUGUCCGCUUAUCUGCGCAGCAACGCCAGCUACAAAGUGGCACUUUUGGUUGCAGGAUUCGAUCCUAGCAGCGGUCCGGAGUUGCACCUAAUCGAUCCCUACGGCUCCUCGGUUCCCAUCCGCUUCGGUGGCUACGGAUCGGGCAUUAACUUCUGCACUCCCAUAUUCGAGGAGUUCUACCGACCGCAGCUGGAUAAACGGACAGCCUAUAACAUUAUCCAAAAGUGCGUGGUGGAGAUCCAGAAGAGAUUAGUCAUCAACUUGCGCAACUUCGAUGUGUACAUAAUAAGUCGUGAUGGUAUCACCAAGAUGGAUCCCAUCAACCAGGUGUCCUUAAAAGCUCAACAAAGGGGUAAUCCUCCAAGAGUUUAAAGCUUGAACUAGUAAUGGAAAACAUGAUUUUAUAUUUUUUUAAAAGUUAGUCGGUGUCCAAAAUAUAAUUGCUAUUGCAAUAUCGUUCUCACGAAGUAA